AGAUCAAAACUGAUGUGGAAACACAAGGAGAUUUCAUUAGAUGCUUAAUCAAAGAAGUGGAGGGUCUGCAUUUACUGACAUUGAAGAUGUGGUACUCUUUGUUAAAUGGCUUAAUGAUGAUCUCUCCUACUUGGUGGAUGAAAGAGCAGUGCUGAAACACUUUGAUUGGCCGGAGCAGAAAGUCGACGCUCUACACGAGGCUGCGUUCGGGUAUUUUUAUUUGAAGAAGUUGGAAUCCGAGGCUUCAUCCUUCCGCUAUGAUCCUAGGCAGCCAUGUGGUCCAGCACUCAAGAAGAUGCAGGCUCUGUUGGAAAAAUUAGAGCAUGGGGUUAAUAAUAUCUCAAGAAUGAGGGAGGCAGCAACCAAUAGAUACAAAGUCUUCCAAAUACCAGUACAUUGGAUGCUUUGUAAGAUUAAGAUUUGA